CUCGGCCGGCCCGCUGGCGGUCUGCAGUUCUCCCCGGCUGGAUUCUCCGCCCCGCGGGAUUGGGCUGUCCUGCACCGCUCACGCGCUCGGCUGCGGUGCCUGCUCUGGCGGGGAAGGAGGAGUUUGGGAAAAGAUGAAGGCAGCGGGCAGCAGCUGAGGCGAGGCGAAGGGCGACGGAAAUAGCAGCUCGCAGGGUUUCUUCUCCAGCAAAAGGAAUGGCUCACGCCGGGGCGGCGGGAGACGAGGAGCCCUCGCCCGGCACCUCCAGCCGCAGAGAGGAUGAAGGAUACGGCGGAGGCCAGGCGGUUGCGAUGCCGCGGGAAGCCCUCUCGUUGGAAGACAUCCUCAAGCUCUACAACCAGCCCAUCAAUGAGGAACAGGCGUGGGCCGUUUGCUACCAGUGCUGCGGCUCCCUCCGCGCCGGAGGUCGCCGCGGAGAGACCCUGACCCGCCGACUGGAGAGCCCUGCCGAUAUCCGCAUCUGGAGGGAUGGGGCCGUCACUUUGAAUGGAGGCGGCGCCGCUCGAAGCUCGGCCAGGGCGGGUAAAUCUGAACGUUCAUGUUUUCCUGAAACAAAGGUUAUAGAAUCACUGGGAAUUAUUAUUUAUAAAGCACUGGAUUAUGGUUUGAAAGAGAAUGAAGAACGAGAGCUAAGCCCUCCCUUGGAGCAACUGAUUGAUCAUAUGACUAAUACAGUGGAAGCAGAUGCGAGCAAAGAUGAAGGUUAUGAUGCUCUGGAUGAAGGUGUAGAUGAUGAACAUAAAGAGAAUAUUGAAGUUAUCCAGUCUUAUCGAGAUGUCAUGAAGCUUUGUGCUGCCCAUCUGCCAACCCAAUCAGAUGCGCCAAAUCACUAUCAGGCAGUAUGUCGUGCACUAUUUGCUGAAACAAUGGAGCUGUACACAUUCUUGGCCAGAAUUAAAAGUGCUAGAGAGAAUUUAAAGAAAAUGCAGGAAAUGGACAAAGAAGGAAAUGAGGAAUCCAGCACUGAUCUUGAUGAAUUAAAAACUGCUGAUUGGGCACAGUUUUGGGUUCAAGUUAUGAGGGAUUUGCGAAAUGGUGUAAAACUUAAGAAAGUUCAAGAACGUCAGUACAACCCUCUUCCCAUAGAAUACCAGCUCACUCCAUAUGAAAUGCUGAUGGAUGAUAUCCGAUCCAAGCGCUAUACUUUAAGAAAGGUUAUGGUUAAUGGGGAUAUCCCUCCACGAUUGAAAAAGAGUGCCCAUGAAAUUAUCUUGGACUUUAUCCGGUCUCGACCUCCAUUAAAUCCUGCAUCUGCAAGACAGCUGAAGCCAACUCCACCACGGCCACGCAGCCUCCAUGAAAGAAUUCUGGAAGAAAUAAAAUCUGAAAGAAAGCUGAGACCCGUUUCACCUGAUGAAGUCAGGCGUAGCAGGCUAGAUACACCCACACCAGCAGCCUCCAAAAACCUAUCAGAAAGCUGUGUAGCAAAUGGCAGCUUGGAAUCCAAAGCAAAAGUAAACGGCGGAGGUUCAGCAAAAUUAACAGUGCAGCGGAAGAGACUUUUGAAAGCUCCCACUUUGGCUGAACUGGGUAGCUCAGAUUCAGAGGAGGAUUCUAUACCCAAAUCUGCCAGUAGUGGUAGUAUUUCUCCCUCCCAGAUGGAAGAUAUAUUUUUAGAGACCACAUCUGGAAAAAAGAUGCCUCCAAAAUUCUUGCCAAUAUCAUCUACACCCCAGCCAGAAAGGAGACAACCACCUCAGAGGCGACAUUCCAUUGAGAAGGAAACGCCAACCAACGUACGGCAAUUCUUGCCCCCCACAAAACAGAGCUCCAGAUCACUUGAAAACCCCCUAAUUCUGUUGUUCUUUGGUCUUAUGAGAAUGAGGAGACUUCUUGAGGAGUUUUGCUACCCAGUGGAAUGCCUGGCUCUCACAGUGGAAGAAGUAAUGCAUAUCCGUCAAGUACUGGUAAAGGCAGAACUAGAGAAGUACCAACAAUACAAAGAUGUCUAUACUGCCCUAAAGAAGGGCAAGCUCUGUUUUUGUUGCCGCACAAGAAGAUUUUCUUUCUUCACCUGGUCCUAUACUUGUCAGUUUUGUAAAAGGCCUGUGUGUUCACAGUGCUGUAAAAAAAUGCGCCUACCCUCAAAGCCAUAUUCCACCCUUCCAAUUUUUUCCCUGGGACCUUCUGCUUUACAGAAAGGAGAAAGCUUUAUGAGGCCUGAUAAACCUUCCAUCAGCCAUCACAGGUCACUGAAGGGCAUACCAAGGUUGUCCUCAAAGUCAAAGUCUGUAGAUAAAUCAAGUGAUGAAGCACUCUUUCCAAAAGAACUCAUGGAAGACUGGAGUACCAUGGAGGUAUGCGUGGACUGCAAGAAGUUCAUUUCGGAAAUCAUUAAUUCAAGCCGCCGCAGCCUCUCUUUGGCUAACAAACGAGCCAGAUUAAAAAGGAAAACACAGUCAUUCUACAUGUCAUCUCCAGGCACUUCAGAAUACUGUCCUUCUGAGAGAACUAUCAAUGAAAUCUGA